UUUUGACAAGACGCUUACGAAAGUAAAUGUUACAAAAUAAAUCAAAUAGCAGAAAUAAAAAUUAAAAGCCAUACUACUAGAAUAUAUUAUUGUUAGAGAAGCGUAACAUGCAGUAAAAAUGAAGCUUAAAAAGUUAAAAGCUGAUAGUGAGGCCCCUGUACAACCGGAGCCUGUAGUGCCGCCUCAAGCAGAAAUAAUAGAGGCUGAUUUAUACAAACGAUCAUACUUCGGUCCCGAUGUUCCAACACUGGAACUAGAAUGUUGGGAAGAGGAAUUGUCGGAAGCGCAACUUCAGGCUUAUAAGACUGCUGACGAAGAAUAUAAGAGUAUUCAGAACAAACUUGACGAUAUAGUUAAGAGUACGGGUGGUGAGAUUGUGUACAAUGGUGAUCAAUUCACCGCUUAUCAACUUCUGGGAAAACAACCUGUAUUGAAGGAUUUGGAACGACAAAGUGCUGAGAUUAUCAGAUCCAGAUCUCGUUCCCUUUCUAUCAGCAGGGAAACUCUGCCAAAGGGUGGAAAAAGAGGACGCCCCCGUAAAAACAGAGAGGAGGAUCGUGAUUAUUCACCAUCAUCCGACAGAGCUAAGUCACCUGAACUUAAACAUAAGAAGAAAAAGAAGGACAAAGAGAGGAACAAGGAUAGAGAAAAGGACAGCACUAAAACUAAGGACAAGACUCUGGCACCUUCCAAUGUUCAUAGCGUGGUUACAAAUGUUAGACCAUCGGAAGCGACAGCUAUUGGUGGCUUACUAACUGGCAGUGCUACAAAAACAACAGCUAUUGUAGAUCUCACUAAAGAUGAUAGUACUAAGAAUGUUGCUGAUUCACGAGAGGUGUCAUUUAAUAAACUACAAGGUAAAACAUUCCCAUCUCUGGUUGUGGUUGCACGACCAUACCUACGCGCUAAGGAAGUACCCGCACCAGCUGAUCGGGCCCUGCUGGAUAGUAAGGUGAAGUCAGUGCUCAUUCAUACACCUAUGAAGUUCACCGAGUGGCUCAUACAGCAGGGUUUGGUGCGCUGUGAGCAGUGGUGUGCUAUACAUCCCGGCAACAAGCUUAAACUCGGGAUGUACUCGGACGUAACUAAAUUUCCUUAUUCCGGUGGCUAUGUAUGGAUAUCUGAAUGUUGUCCAACUAGAUUUGUCUCUGUAUUUUCAAGUUCUAUCUUCGAAGGCGCUACAUUCCCACCCAGUGUACUACUAAAAUUAAUUUACCACUGGGCGUGUCAAACUAACGUACAAAAUGUAGUACAAUGGGUAAAAGUUGACAAUUUGUACGUAAAAGGAUUGUUCACGUGGCUACGAGCCGUUUGUACAUUGGCUGUACAUCAACAUAUGGGAUUAUUGGGUGGUGCUGGAAAGAAAGUGGAAGUAGGUGUUAUAUCACUGGGAACAACGAGCCACGAUGGCACUCAGAGGCAGGUCAAAGUUGAAGUGUUGGGUGUAUUGGAUCCUGUUGAUAAAUUGAUCCGUCUCCGUGCAGUAGAACCUUUAGCGGAAUAUGAGAAGAACUAUAAGAAACGUUUCCAGAAGAUUCUAGAACCUUUAAGCAAUUGGGUGCAUCCAUCUUCAGUUAUACUAACAGAUCUGACUGUGGACAAAGGAACUUUAGUUUCCAUGGGUUUCAAACAUGUUGUGCAAUCAUCCACACAUUCGGACCAGCCAAUGAGGAACAGUAACGCAAAUAUAAUGGAAUACUUAAGACGUAUUGUACCAAGAAUGUUCCAGAAUACAUUGUCACUGUUAUCCAGACAAAUUAUACAACAAUUCUUGGAUGAACUGGUAUGGAGAGAGAGGUUUGGCAUAUCACCGGGGCAAGCAUUUGACAACAUAGUCCUACAUAUAUCGGAACAAACUAAAUUGGAGGCGAAGGAGCCUAUCACGGUGCGGCUCAACAGGAUCGCAGCUAAUCCAUUUAAAAACUGGAAAUUCCUCGGAAAGAAAAAAGACACAGAGCCUGAGCCGGAGACUGGACGAGGAAAACGCGGGAGGAAAAAGAAAGAGCUGUCACCACCACCUCCUCCUUCGAAAAAGAAGAAGAAAGAGAAAACUACAUAUAUAGAGGAUGAUGAUGAUGAAGAGGUGCCUUUAGCCCUUCGACGUACAAAGAUCAAACAAGAAAAGAACAAAGACAAAGAUAAGGACAGUGAGACGGCGGAGAAACCUCGGUCGCGUCGCAAAACUGCUCGCUCAUAUGUGGACGAUGAACUCGACGAUGUACCACUCAAGAGCAUCAAGAAAGAGAUCAAGCAAGAAGAGACCGUGUCCCUGGAACGAUAUUACUUUGGACAAACAGGAGGCAAUGAGGAUAUUCCAGAAGUUUCUAUCGCUGUAGAGUGUCCAGUGUGUCACGUGGAGUUGAACGACGCGCUGUCUCUGACACGUCACAUGUUCGAGCACGUGUCUGCGGGCGAGGGCGCGCUCUGUCCGUACUGUCUCACUCGCUUCCCCCACCACGAGGACCUCACAGUACACCUCAAGCACAACCACCCCCUUGACACCAAGUCGCCUGAACUCUUCACAUAUGCAUGUCUCAUUUGUGAGGUUCGUUUCGCAGCAGUGCUAACACUAGCGGCGCACAUGCAGAAGGCGCACGCGCCGCACGAGCUGCCGUACGCAUGCGCGGUGUGCGACUACCGCGCGAGUGCACAUCGCGCCGCAGUGGACCACUUCGCAGCACGACAUGCGCACCACGCGCGUCUGCACUGCCCACACUGUCUCAAGAUGAUCACAGUGUACGCGGACGGUCACGAGUUAUCAGCUAACGUGUUGCUGUACAUCGACCACCUGAAGCUGCAUCAGAACAAGGAUCUAGAGAUCAGCUGCAACAGAUGUGUGCUCAAGUUUGUUCAUCUAGGUCAAUUGAAGGAACAUCAAGUGAGGGACCACAUUACAGUGGAGGAUGCGAUGCCGCUUUGUUCUGAAGAACAUUUGAUCAAUAAACCGAAAAACAAGGCUCGUCCGCCAGUGAAGGAUUCAACGAGCCACGCUAUCAGUGACACAUACGAGCAGCUGACACUGGUCCUGCCCGAGGGUCUGCUCUGUCGCGAGUGUGACAUGCCACUCGACAGUGACAAACACUUCUUAGGUUAUACGAAGUGUAGCAAGUGUCCGUACGCGACAUCUUGUUACCGCGCCAUGCUGAAUCACAGUGGCUGCUGCGCUGGACCACACUCGCUGGAAGAUGCACCGCGCGCUGCUCCACACACUACGCACUGUCUCUGCGGAUACCAUACUCAUAUUGGUACGGACAUGUUGACACACUUGUUGAUGUGCGAGCGCAAGACCGCGUACAGUUCAGAGGAGGAGGCUCGCGCUAACAUCCUCAAUGCGGAAGAGAUCGCGCAAAAGCCUUCAGCACCCGCUGACAACUCACCUCUUGAUACUCCGUUGGAGAGCUUGUCAUCGAUGUCAGACUACGCGCCGCCUUCAGUACUCAACACCCAGCUCUCGCUUGAUGACCUCGCACCACCCUCUGUGCUGCAGCCUGACCAGCAUGAGCCUGAACGUUUGGCGGACGCUUACGACCGGCCACUAGCAACACCACGCCGUGAGGAGCCGCACUACUCGCUGGGGGACUUCGAACCACUACCGCAGGAGCCCCCGCCACAGCCGGACUUUGAACAACUGUAAAACAUAACAUAGAACUACUCUGCUGCACACCCUUUGAUAGAUUCAGUCCAUAGAAUACAUUUGCCUUUACACUUUAAUAAUACAUAUUGGAACGAAGUUCCUUAUCGCGUGUUGUGAAAGGGGGCUGGACGGAAAA